GAGGAGGAGGAAGAACAGGAGGAGGAGGAGGAAGAAGAACAGGAGGAGGAGGAGGAGGAGGAAGAACAGGAGGAGGAGGAGGAGGAGGAGGAGGAAGAACAGGAGGAAGAGGAGGAGGAGGAAGAAGAACAGGAGGAGGAGGAGGAGGAGGAGGAGGAGGAGGAAGAACAGGAAGAACAGGAGGAGGAGGAGGAGGAGGAAGAAGACGAAGAACAGGAGGAGGAGGAAGAUCAGGAAGAACAGGAGGAGGAGGAGGAGGAGGAGGAAGAACAGGAGGAGGAGGAGGAGGAAGAAGAGGAAGAACAGGAGGAAGAGGAGGAGGAAGAGGAAGAAGAGGAAGAACAGGAGGAGGAGGAAGAACAGGAGGAGGAGGAGGAAGAAGAAGAGGAAGAACAGGAGGAGGAGGAGGAGGAGGAGGAGGAGGAAGAAGAGGAAGAAGAACAGGAGGAGGAGGAGGAGGAAGAAGAGGAAGAAGAACAGGAGGAGGAGGAGGAGGAAGAGGAAGAAGAGGAAGAACAGGAGGAGGAGGAAGAAGAGGAAGAACAGGAGGAGGAGGAGGAGGAGGAAGAAGAGGAAGAACAGGAGAAGGAGGAGGAGGAGGAGGAAGAGGAAGAACAGGAGAAGGAGGAGGAGGAGGAGGAGGAAGAAGAGGAAGAAGAACAGGAGGAGGAGGAGGAGGAAGAGGAAGAACAGGAGAAGGAGGAGGAGGAGGAGGAAGAAGAGGAAGAACAGGAGGAGGAGGAGGAGGAGGAAGAAGAGGAAGAACAGGAGGAGGAAGAAGAGGAAGAACAGGAGAAGGAGGAGGAGGAGGAGGAAGAGGAAGAACAGGAGAAGGAGGAGGAGGAGGAGGAGGAAGAAGAGGAAGAAGAACAGGAGGAGGAGGAGGAGGAAGAGGAAGAACAGGAGAAGGAGGAGGAGGAGGAGGAGGAAGAAGAGGAAGAACAG